AUGGGAGGCCCGGCUGUCCUCCUCGCCGUGGCUCUGGCCACCCUCCUGGUUCCAGCGUCAGGGGCACCCAUCCACAGGCAGGGGUCCCGGAACAAGCUGCUCCUGGUGUCCUUCGAUGGUUUCCGCUGGAACUAUGACCGGGACGUGCACACCCCCAACCUGGACGCCAUGGCGCUCGAUGGGGUGAAGGCUCGCUACAUGACUCCGGCCUUUGUCACCAUGACCAGCCCCUGCCACUUCACCUUGGUCACUGGCAAAUACAUCGAGAACCACGGGGUGGUUCACAACAUGUUCUACAACACGAGCAGCAAGGUGAAGCUGCCCUACCACACCACACUGGGCAUCCAGAGGUGGUGGGACAACGGCAGCCUGCCCAUCUGGAUCACGGCCCAAAGGCAGGGCCUAAAGACAGGCUCCUUCUUCUACCCGGGCGGGAAUGUCACCUACCAAGGCGAGGCCGUGACGCUGAGCCGGAAGGAAGGCGCCCUGCACAACUACAAGGACGAGGUGGAAUGGAGGGCCAACAUCGACACUGUGAUGAAGUGGUUCACAGACGAGGGCCUGGACCUGGUCACCCUCUACUUUGGGGAGCCAGACUCCACAGGCCACAAGUAUGGCCCCGAGUCCCAGGAGAGGAAGAAGAUGGUCAUGCAGGUGGACAGGACCGUGGGCUACCUCCGGGACAGCAUCAGGAAAAGCAGCCUGGAAAGCAGCCUCAACCUGAUCAUCGUGUCUGACCAUGGCAUGGGCACUGUCAACAAGAAAGCCAGCGACCUGGUGGAGAUCCACAAGAUCGCCAACUUCACCUUCAAGGACAUUGAGUUCGAGCUCCUAGACUACGGACCAAACGGGAUGCUGCUCCCCAAGGAAGGAAAGCUGGAGAAGGUAUAUGAGGUCCUCAAGGACGCCCACCCCAGACUCCACGUCUACAAGAAGGAGCUCUUCCCCAAGUCCUUCCACUACGCCAGCCACCCCAGGAUCACCCCCCUGCUUAUGUACAGUGACCUCGGCUAUGUCAUCCAUGGGAGACUGAACGUGCAGUUCAACAACGGGGAGCACGGCUUCGACAACAACGUCAUGGACAUGAAGACCAUCUUCCGGGCCGUGGGCCCCAGCUUCAAGAGGGGCCUGGAGGUGGAGCCCUUUGAGAGCGUCCAUGUGUACGAGCUCAUGUGCAGACUGCUGGGCAUCACGCCCGAGGUCAAUGAUGGGCUCCUCAGCACCCUGCUGCCCACGCUCCAGGAGGCCGGUGGUGGGGUCCUCAGCACCCAGCUGCCCACGACCCCCUCAGGGUCUGCCCUCCUGCCAAGAAGCUGGCCCCUCUUGGUGACAGGACUGCUGGUGGCUACAGUUCUCCUGGUCAAGGUCGCAUAAUACCCACUGCUCAAGGUCCAUCUCUUCCAGGAAGCCUCCAGAAGCUGGCCACAGGGCCUGAGCCUGCUCCUGCUGCGAUGGUCUACUGGACAUGGAUGGGCCUGUCUCCUCAGUAGACCUGCGACCGUGCCUCCCUGUCCCAACAGCCCCAGCCCAUGCUUGGCCAUGAUGGUGCCGGCACUACGACCUGCCCAGGUUAGACCUCCAGAGGCACAGGUCCACUCACCGGUCCAUGGCUCCCAGACUCGCAGGAUGCCCCCACUCCUUCCCUCCCCCUCCCUCUCCUUCUCAUCCCCCUCUUCUGCCUCCCCACUUCCUCUCACCACAGAACUGUCCCAUGGGGGUGCCACCAUCUGUGGCCACGGGGGCGGGGGUGUGUCGGGAGCCCUCUCGGGAAGGCAUCACAGGCCUGGUGGCGGUCGAGCUAUAGGACCAAACCCUCAGAUGCUCGGACCUCAACCUCCACCUCCGAUGGGCGGCGAAGAGGCUCUGCCUG